CAAGUGCAGCGAUUGUAUUUCCGCGCUUCCUUUUGGUGCCCAUUGUUUUCCGUGGCUACUGUUCGAUCCUCGCAGUUAUUUAUCGUAAUCGAUAAAAUGAGCUCCACCGGACGCGAGGGACAUUCUGCCGGAAUGCAAAUGUCCACCUCAAGUACGGUUUUGAGUUUGGCAGAAAAGCAAAAAUACAUCGAAGAUUACGACUUCCCGUAUUGCGAUGAGUCAAGCAAGUACGAAAAAGUUGCGAAAAUUGGUCAAGGAACGUUUGGAGAGGUGUUUAAAGCUCGUGAGAAAAAGUCUAACAAGAAGUUCGUCGCCAUGAAGAAAGUUCUGAUGGAUAACGAAAAGGAAGGCUUUCCAAUCACUGCCUUGCGCGAGAUCCGGAUCUUGCAAUUACUGAAGCACGAGAACGUAGUUAACCUAAUCGAGAUUUGUCGUACUAAAGCCACGGCCAAUAAUCGAUACCGAUCAACAUUUUAUCUGGUGUUCGACUUUUGUGAGCACGACCUUGCAGGAUUGCUGUCCAACAUCAAUGUAAAGUUUAGUCUGGGUGAAAUCAAGAAGGUGAUGCAGCAACUGCUGAAUGGAUUAUAUUACAUUCACAGCAAUAAGAUUUUGCAUCGUGAUAUGAAGGCUGCCAACGUACUGAUAACUAAAAACGGUGUAUUAAAAUUGGCAGAUUUUGGACUAGCGCGCGCGUUUAGCAUUACUAAAAAUGGCCAAGCAAAUCGUUAUACCAACCGAGUGGUCACACUUUGGUACCGACCGCCGGAAUUGCUACUCGGCGACCGUAACUAUGGACCUCCAGUGGAUAUGUGGGGUGCUGGCUGUAUAAUGGCAGAAAUGUGGACACGUUCACCCAUCAUGCAGGGGGCCACUGAGCAGCAGCAACUGAUAUUUAUCUCGCAGUUGUGCGGCUCAUUCACGCCAGAGGUUUGGCCAGGAGUCGAAAGUUUAGAGCUGUACCAAAAAAUGGAACUACCACAGGGCCACAAGCGCAAGGUACGCGACCGACUGCGACCAUACGUAAAGGACACCAACGGUGUGGAUCUUCUCGAUAAGCUGCUGAUUCUAGAUCCGAAGGAGCGAAUCGAUGCUGAUUCCGCCCUCAACCAUGACUUCUUUUGGACUGAUCCCAUGCCUUGCGAUCUGAGCAAGAUGCUGUCGCAGCACACGCAAAGUAUGUUCGAGUAUUUGACACCGCCGAGGAGGACGUGCCAUUUAAGGCAGUACCAGCAGCAGAUGGUCAAUCCAGUACAGGCUCGGCCACAGGAUAAUAGCUACCAAGAUAGAGUUUACUAGGAAGUCUGUACGGCUCCUGUAACAUUGUUGUUCGACUAUAUUUCUUAAGCUUUAGUAUAAAAUAUCUUAUAUUA